GAGGGCCUCUUCUCCCUCCUUUUGUUCGUGUCUCUGCGCCUCGCAGCGGCCCGAGAGCUCCCGCUGUGCUGCGAGGACAGCGACUGGUUAUUUCUCCCCCCUCCCCAGGGUGCGGAGGAUUUCCCCGACUGCUGCAUCCUGAUCCUCAGGCUUCUGCCUGCAGCCUUCCACCCGUCGGGAACGCCUCUAGUUUCUCUGGUUGUUGGAAGCGUGCUUAGAAAACACUCCUAACGAAAAUUUGGUCACCACCGUCGGCCUGACCAAAGCAACGCGUUUUUCCACUCCUAAAAAUGAAAGGGGGCAUCGAUGUGCUGCUGGACUAAAUUACUCUUGCCAGCCCCUGGCCAUGAGGCUUCUGAUUUCCUUCUGCUUUGUAGUGCUACAUGCCAGUUCCAAUCCACUCGUCUGUCAGAAAAAGCAGUGCCGGCAGCCACUCUUGAGCUCUGCUGCUGUAGCAUCCUUUCUGAUAUUAUGUAUUGCAGUUUAACAGUAUUAGUAUGUGCCAAUAUGGCAGGCAUGAAAUUCCUGUUACAGGUCUUAUUUUCUAUUCAAAAAGCAAGCAGAGCUCUUCAGAAAGUCUUGAAGUUGGAGGCAUAUCGGACAUCUUAUAGUUAGGUACUUUUUUUUGUUUCAGGUUAGAGUUCAGAAAAGACAAGUCAACUGUUCAUUUUAUUUCAAAAUUGGAGCUUGUCGUCAUGGAGACAGAUGUUCUCGGUUGCACAACAAACCAACAUUUAGCCAGGAAGCGAUGCUGUUGUAAGCUUGCCUGUAGUAGAGACCAACCAGUGCUAACUUUCAGACAACUUGAUUUUAAGAAGAACGAUACAAAUACCAUCUUGAUUCAAAACAUCUAUCGUAACCCCCAAAACAGUGCACAGACGGCUGACGGCUCACACUGUGCUGUGAGUGAUGUUGAGAUGCAGGAACAUUACGAUGAAUUCUUUGAGGAGGUCUUCACAGAAAUGGAAGAAAAAUAUGGUGAAGUUGAAGAGAUGAAUGUUUGUGAUAACCUUGGAGAUCAUCUAGUAGGAAACGUAUAUGUAAAGUUUCGCCGUGAAGAAGAUGCAGAAAAGGCUGUGAUUGACCUGAACAAUCGUUGGUUUAAUGGACAGCCCAUUCAUGCUGAGCUUUCCCCUGUGACUGACUUCAGAGAGGCCUGUUGCCGUCAAUAUGAAAUGGGCGAGUGUACACGAGGAGGCUUCUGCAACUUUAUGCAUUUGAAGCCCAUUUCCCGAGAAUUAAGGCGCGAGUUGUAUGGGCGGCGGCGUAAAAAGCAUAGAUCCAGGUCGAGGUCCCGUGAACGUCGGUCUAGAUCCAGAGAUCGUGGUCGUGGAGGUGGUGGUGGUGGAGGAGGAGGACGCGAACGUGAUAGGAGGCGGUCAAGAGAUCGUGAAAGAUCUGGUCGAUUCUGAGCCAUGCCAUUUUUACUGUAUGUCUGCUAGAAAGUGUUGUAGUUUGACCAAACAAGUUCAUAAUGAGAUUUUUUUUAAAAGAUGGGCUUCUGAAUAAAAAAUUUGUAGUGAUACAGUAUUCUUUGUGUAACUUGUUUCUUGUGGGGGGAGUCUUUUUAACUGUCAUUCCUCUAUCUUGACAAAUUACCUGGAUUAACUAUGCCUGAGGGAAAGGUGGUAAAUGUAUUGGAGGAGCGCCAGUUUUGGGUUUGAUUUUGGUUUUUGGUUUUUUUUUUCUUCUUUAUUUGGGUAUAAUUUGAACUGUUGAUGAAAAUGUGUGUGUAUAUAAUAUAAAAUAUUAUAUACAUAGUAAAAAUAAUAUACUGCUUAAGAAACAGUUACUCACAUAAGUUUCCCUUUUCUGCUAUGCUGUCUGCUUAUUUAGGUUAGUUUAGGCACAUUUAAAAGGAAGGCUGUGCAAAAUGCGUUUAUUUACAAAGUAGAAGCGCUUAGUUAAAAAAAUGUAUGUUUGUUUGUUACCAGAAGUCUGUGCUCUGUCUAUCACUGUGACUGUGGCAUUUACAAUAAAUCCAAUUUCUUGGUGUAA